AUGCUGAACAGACUUUGAACAUAGAAAAAUCUCCAGACACUAUUUUUAUAUCUAAUAAUGAUGAAGUUGGUGAAAUACAGCAAUAUGUUGAAGAGAAUUCUUGGCCCCUGAAUGAAGUACAUAAUCGAAGUGUAGAGCAGGUAAUAAAUAUGGAAAGUGUACAGACGAUAAGGUUCGUAGCCAGCCAGCAUGAGCCAGCAAAUGAAGCUUCUAAUCUAAGUAUGAUAUUUUGUACUAUUUUAAUAAACUAG